CACAGCUAUCUGAGGCAGCGGCAGUUCCCCUGCACUCUCCCUCCUGCAAGCUGCGCUCAUACACACAUACACUCUUAAAACCAAUAGGAUACUGGACAUACAUACACAUACUUAGAAUCUGCAGCUGCGGGCACAGACAUAUGCUCACACGCACACACACACACACACACACACACACACACACACACACACUACUAUACGCAUUCAGACACUUUGAGUUUAUAUCAGAAGCAGUUGCAGACACUUUCACUUUACACACAUUUAUUUCUCCUUUACAAUAUUCACACAGAAAAAUGAGGACAAUUGUGCUUUGCGUUUGUGCCACUCUCCUGCUUACAGCCACCAUGGUGCCACACGCCAGCCGGGCAGCAGACCUCCCUGUCAACUCACACCAGAGAUGGGACGCUAAAGGACAAUUUUCUUUGGGAUCUGAAUCUGGGACUCCCACCUCCUGCCCCAUUAAACUGAGACCCUCGGGCCAGUGUGGGAGCUCCGGAGCCGUGGCAGAGGAGGGGGAGGACUGCCCUUAUCAGCUCACCCUGCCUCCCCUCACCAUCCAGCUGCCCAAGCAGUUCAGGCUGCUGGAGAAGACGUUGAAGGAGUUGCAGAGCCUGAAGGAGGUGGUCAACAAGCUAAAGAGCGGAUGCCAGGAGUGCCGUGGGGCACGGGGCAAUGGAGCUUUUGGACAUCAGCAAGCUGACCAGGGACAGAUGCAGGUCCCCAUUCAGAGGGAUGCUGAGGAAGAAUUGAGACUGGACCUGACAGGACAGGACGUGCAAGGUGGGUCCAGCCAAGAGGAGAGGGGAGAUGGGAUGGUCCCUGGAGCUACUGUGGACGUUGCUGGACUGGGGCAUGGUUCUAUUUUGGGGAAAAUUACAGCGAGCACUAUGCAGGAGAUGCAGGUGAAGCUGAAUAGGAUGUCAGCCAGUCUGCGCAACGCAAGGAGCCAGAUCUCAGCUAUGCAGGGUCGUAUGGAGGGGCUCAACCUGCUCAACAUGGACAACGUGCAGGCUAUGGUGGACAGGCGGGUGGAGAACAUCACUGGAGUGGUCAACAAACUCAGCUCCACCUGCACUAGCCAGUGUGCAGUACAGAACGCCCCUCAGUCAGUCAUCUUAGCCCCUCGGGACUGUUCAGACUACAAUGUGUUGGAGACGAGGAAGAACGGUGUGUAUCGUGUGACCCCUGAUCCCCGCAACGGCACAUUUGAGGUCUUCUGUGACAUGGAGUCCUAUGGAGGUGGAUGGACCGUGAUACAGCAACGUCUCGAUGGGUCGGUCAGCUUCAACCGCACCUGGGCUGAGUAUAAGAAAGGCUUCGGAAACCUCAGAGGUGAGUUCUGGCUGGGCAAUGACCAUAUCCACUUGAUGACAAAAGCCAAAGACAUGAUCCUGCGCAUCGAGCUGGAGGACUUUGAGGGUGUUCGGGAGUAUGCAAAGUACGACCAGUUCUAUGUGGCCAAUGAAUACCUUCGCUACCGGCUGUCUGUCAGUGGAUACAGUGGGACAGCUGGGAACGCCAUCAGUUUCAACAAGCACUUCAACCAUGACCAGAAGUUUUUCUCCACGCCCGACCGCGACAAUGAUAUGUAUCCCUCCGGAAACUGUGGCACCUACUACAGCUCCGGCUGGUGGUUCGAUGCCUGCAUGUCUGCCAACCUCAACGGGAAGUACUAUCACAAGAGGUACAAGGGAGUCAGAAACGGGAUCUUCUGGGGAACAUGGCACAACAUGUCGACAGAGUACUACCCUACUAACUACAGGCAGGCCUUCAAAACUGUCAAGAUGAUGAUACGGCCCAAGAACUAUGCUCCUUAAGGGGACAGGUAAAUAUUCAUAUAAUCAGACAGACAGAUAGACGGAAAAACACAAAGACAGUCAAAAAAAUGGACGAACAAGUAGAUUCAGAAACUCAUACACAUAAUCAUGCAUUUGCACACAUUUACACAUGCAUAUGUGUACACCGAAAAAUAAUAUAUGCCCUAGACAGUUUGAAUGCAGUAAUAGCAAAAAAUUAUUGUGAAUGAAUUUAACUGUGCUAUUACUUUUUCCCACUGCAGUGAGUGUGGCCUUCAAAAUGUUGGAUUAAAAUGAUGAUACUAAAGAACAAUGGACUACGAACGAUGAGGGGCUAAUAAAAAAAACACACAUUUAGUCUAAAGGCCAGCCUUCUACAGGGGCCAUAAUGUUAUACGGAGGGUUACCAUGAGAGAUUUUUCACUGUUUCUCUGACAUUUCUCCACUUUCUGUCCUGCUGCCUCCCGCUGUAAACCCAGAUGAGACACCGCACAGCCCACAGUAGUGGUAAAAACUAAUGAGGCUGUCAUUUUCUCCACUCUAAAUGGUUUCAUAAUUAACAGCAGCCACUCAAGUGAGGUAUAUGAGAGCUGAUGAUACAGUUUUGAGUGGCUCUGAAAUUCAUUUUGAAAGACUUCAUGCCGUGGUCAGAGUCAAACUGCAGGAAGUGAUAUACAACACGCUUUGAGCAGCAGUGUUACAAGUAAUAGCUUCUGUGUCGUUUAUUUAAUUACACUCGCUGACACUUCGCUAAUGUAUCAUCAGCCUAUACAAUAUAAAACAUCCCAGUAUAAAUAUUCAUAGAGAUACAUUUCUAUUGGAUCAUUCCCAAAUACAUUCUGCAUUAUUGAUGCUCUAGUAAAUUCUUCUUGACAGCAACCACAGAGCAGGACACUGCUGCAAGAAAAACUGUUCCAAUUGUGUUUCCACCAUUAUCUCUCUGCACUGAACUACAGCACAUCUCUUGAUGUCAUACACCAGUUUUCACAUGUAAAGAAAAACACCUCCCUGACUCACCACUUGUACAAUACUGCCGCCUAAUGUUAAAAAAAACAGUAUAGCAUCAUUUAAUCCAUUCUAUACCCACUGUGAAUGUGAAGGGUGGGGAAAGAAAUGUUUCACUUUAAGGACGUGUACAGUAUUUAUUUUAUUUGCGAGGUUAUGAUAGCUUUUAUAUAAUACAUAGGUCAUACAGUAGAAGGUCUAAUGAUUGUUGAUAUUUGAGCAAUGAUAAUGACUGUGCAUUAUUGUGACCAUUCAUAGUAAUUAUAUGUGUAUUUGGAGCUUUGUGUGUGUGUACAAUAUUGAUCUUUUCUAUCAUUCAUAUUCAACUGUCAGGCCAAAAGAUAUGCACUUUUUAUAUCAAAAAAUGAAUAAAGUUCUAACAACAUGGUUGUGUACAUUGCAGUGUUUGGUAGUUUGAAAUCAUAUUGAUGCCUGCUCCAUCUUUAUUAAAUCAUCUUAAUGAAUGUAUACAAAAAUGUAUACAAGUUUAGCAUGAGUAACCAUGAGUAAAAAUCCCUUCAAGUGUGGGCUAUUUGACGCCUGUAAAAAUGGAGGGAAAAUGGUGCUGCGUGCCCAUAAUAAAUGGGUUAAAGAGGUGUGGACUCAAUAAAGCUACUCAAUAAAAGAAUGAGUUCAUAUCAACUUCACAGAAGAUGAAUGAUCAAACUGUGGGCCUGUGACUUUAAUGUCUGUUUACUGUAUGAUGAUCAAGUUAAUAAAGUAUUGUGCUCAUCCACAUGAUGAUUUCAA